AUUGGAGUGGCCACGGUUCAAUACCAACUCAAUCUUGUUUUCUUGGAGUGCACAGAUUGGGAGAAUUUUGACUAAUUACUAUAUUCUGUCAUGAUUAUUUGAGUGUGCAUCUUCUUGAAUUUCUCAGAAUGGAGUUUUAAAUUUUAAAGAGACCCAAUUUGGUUUUUGACGUUUGGUGAAACAGACAACAAUUUGGGAUUUUCUUAAUGUUUUUAGAGAUAGAAAAGAAGGGGAAUUUAUAGGACUCAAUGAGAAGGGUUUAUAUUUAAUUUUUUUUAACUUUUUACCAUAGAUAAUGUAAACGGACCAUUUUACCCCUCAUUUAAUUUGUUAAUUUGAGUCAAACAUUUAAUUUAAGGAUUGACUAACGGAUAAGUGGAUGGAAUCUGUCAAAUGGACUCCAGCCGCAAUGGAAGUAAAAGUUUUGGGAUUGUGGCUGCCAAAAUGAAAGGUUAAGAUAUAUUCUACAACAAAAUGAAAGGUUUGGGACCUCCAUUGCGAUUUUUCCUAAAUGAGAAGUAAGUUGUGGGUCGUAUGAAAUGUGGAUAAAGAGUAUUUUAACUAGCUUAAGUUAUAUUUGCUAAACACACGUUUAAUUUUUCUUUAGUGCUGGGAGAUGGUGAUUUGUUUACUGUGGUUAUGCUGCUGAUUAUUGAGUUGACUAGGCGAUUCUUACUGCAAUUGCACAUAUAGUUAGUUGUAUCCAUUUUAUUUGAAGAUCUAAUUAUUUUAACAGAUCUUGGUGUAUUAUACUUAAUUCUUAAACUCUUGCUUAGAACUGUUCUUAAGCUGAAUAAGAUUUUUAAUCUGCAAAAUAUUUAGCGUUACUAGUGUAUGGUACUGAACGAACUUGUUUAUUGUUCUCGUGCUCUCGAGUUAUGCUGUGUAUUUGCCUAUUCCAGAUUCUUUUCGGCAGGUUGCAUAUAUGGUCGAAGAAAUGAUGGGGAAAGAUUUGGUUUCUUUUGCCAUGCAUCUCUCGAGUUUCUUCUGCAAAGUGGAUUCCAUCCAGAUAUAAUUCAUUGCCAUGAUUGGUCUAGUGCUCCAGUUGCAUGGCUGUAUAAGGAGCAUUAUAGACAUUAUGGCCUCAAUAAAGCUCGAGUUGUCUUCACUAUACAUAACCUUGAAUUUGGAGCAAGCUUGAUUGGGAAAGCUAUGCAGUACUCGGAUAAGGCUACAACUGUAUCCCCCACUUAUUCACAGGAGGUUUCUGGAAAUCCUGUUAUUGCUUCUCACCUUUACAAAUUUCAUGGUAUUCUAAAUGGAAUUGACCAAGAUAUAUGGGACCCAUACAAUGAUAAGUUCAUUCCUUUGUCUUACACUUCAGAAAAUGUUGUUGAAGGCAAAAGAGCCGCGAAGGAAGCUUUGCAGCAAAGACUUGGGUUGAAAAAGGCUGAUUUGCCUUUGGUAGGAAUUAUCACCCGCUUAACUCACCAGAAGGGAAUACACCUUAUUAAACAUUCUAUUUGGCACACCCUGGAACGCAGUGGACAGGUAUUCUUUAUUUUCUCUACUUCUCUUCCUCGUGUGACCGAAUGAUAGUCGUGAUCAAAUUAAUUUCCCUCCCUUCUUGCCUGUGGUGGUUGGUUGGUGCAUGUGACUAAAUCGUGAAGGGUUAAAAACACAGUUAGCCACCUCAACUUGCAGCAAAGUUUCAUGUAGUGACUGAAUGAUGUUCAGAAGUGGUCACCGAAAUUUACUUUAUGUUUUAUCCUCUGUAUGAAUACAAAUUUAUAUAUAGUUUUUAAGUCCAAUCAAAGCUAAACACUAAUUUCAAUCA